AACAAAAACAACGUUUGGAUUUAUUACGUAAUGGAUUUAAAUAUAGCAACAACAACAUUAGCCAAGCAGUAACUGCAACACGGAUAUGCAUUUAAACAAUGAACAUGAUCAAGUGAAACUUCUAAGCUAAGCAUUAUACACACACACACACACACACACAGACACAAACACUUAAGCACACAAGCAGCAACUCAAAAUGCAUGGACAGCAGCAGCAACCACAACAACAACAACAGCAGCAGCAGCAGCAGUUGCAACAACAACAACAACAACACACUGCCAAUAUGAAGACGGCAGCUCAAGCCAUACAACAACAACAACAACAACAUCACACACAACACACACAGCCUGGCGCUGGUCAUGGCCAUGGUCAUCAUCAUGCCAAGCUGCUGCGACGCUCGCGCAGUCGCAGUCGCAGUCCCACGCCUGACGGCACACAGGACUACGAUGUGACGCGUAUGCGCGAGGAGGACUUUGAGCGUCUGGCGGUCUAUCUGGUGCCCGAUGUGCAGGCGGAGCGUGGACUGCCCAAUCGUGCGGACAAAACGCUGCCGCGCAGUCUGACGCUCAAGUCCUCCAUGGUCUACUCAACGCCAAAUGUUAAGACUGAAGGAGUUUGGAGCAGCGGCGUCAUACCGCGUGGCACUCGCUUUGGCCCCUUUGAAGGCAUUCCAACCUCAAAUUAUCCCAAUGAUAAGAAUAAGGCGCGCUACUUCUGGCGGGUGCAGGGAACACGCCACAUAACCUACGGGAUUAUUAAGAUCUUCAAGGACGACGACUAUUAUUAUCUGGACGGCUCAGAUCGCUCGCAGUCGAACUGGAUGCGCUAUGUGGCCUCAGCUUACAGCUUGUCCGUCAUGAAUCUGGUUGCCUGUCAGCAUCAGGAGAACAUUUACUUCUACACCACCCGCGACAUUCUGCCCAACGAGGAGCUGAUGGUCUGGUACUGCAAGGACUUUGCCAGCCGCCUGGGCUAUGACGUGGACCCGGAGCGCACCAUCUUCGGCGCCUGCAAGCAGGACGUGGAUGUCGAGGAGGACGAGGAGGAGGAUGAGCUGCCGCACAAGAAGCCACACUAUGCCAUGCCCGCACCCGAAAUACCCGCCGAGGUCGCCGUCAGUCACAUAACUUAUGUGAUGGGUCUGCAUUUGCCUGGCGCUGCGCCAGCUGCGCCACCACCCGCCAACGCCAAUGCCGCCGCCACGCCCUGCUGCCGUCGCGCCAGUCCGCCAGCGCAUGUUAGCACCACCACCAGCAGCAGCAGCAGCAGCACGAACAGCAGCAAUGCGCUGCAUCCGCAUAUUCAGCACAGUCGACACGCUUCGGUCAUCAUAGGCCAGGAUCGCUCGCCGCUGAACAGCAGCUGUGAAAAGGAUGUGGCGGGUUCGCCGCUGCACGGCAAGGAUGCGCACUAUGAGCAUCAGCUGACGCCGCAGGACGGCAGCGUGCGCUCUGUGCGCUCCGAUGAGGGCUACCAUAGCAACGAGUGCCAGGAGGACGGCCUAACGCCGCCCGAAGACUCCAGCGACAGCGAGAGCGAGCACAACUAUGUGCUGGACUGCUCCAAGAAGGCCAUAGCGCCCAAGGAGACAGUCAUAGCGCAGUCGCAGAAGCCCAGCAGCGUCACUCCACCACCGCCCAUUGCAGUUACGCCCAGUUGCGAGUCGGACAAGAACGAGUAUCGCAAGUUUAAGGUAAAGAUGCCGCUCAAAUACGAAUUCAAGCACAAGAGCUGCGUCAAGUCGGAGCCGCUGAAGGAUGUGGAUGAGCAGCAGCAUUUGCUGCUGCCGCCGCCAGUGGACGAGGAGGAGCUGCAUGCUGAAGAGCCCAUGUGUCCACCCAGCACUACCAGCAAUUUGGGUGAGGAGCAGCAGCAGCAACUGCAGCAACAGCAGCAGCAACAACAGCAGCCACAUCUGGAGCAUACAAAUGCGCAGCCCGCCAGCUCCACGGUCAUAGUGCUGGAGCAAUCGCGCACUAUAGUGCCGCUGAGCAAGCCUUACUAUGAGCCCGAUCCACCGGGUGAGCGCUAUGUGCGCUUUAGCCAGCCCAGCUCGAGCAUACUGGAGACCAUACUGACCAGCCAGCAUCGCUUGGAGGCCGCUGCAGCGGCAGCAAAUGCCUGCAGACAAGCCAACGCUGCUACGCCGCCGCCCAGCUCGCCCACCGAGAUGGCCUACAGCUACAAGAAGUCGCAGCGCUAUGGCAAUGCGGUAAGUCCCGACUCCAGCUCUAAUCUGGGACAGCCGCAGGAGCUGCCGCCGCUUGUUAGCGAACCGGAGCGUGCGCUUAUCAAAGGCGAAUGCUCGCCACCGCCGCCCGCUGCUACGCAUCAUCAUCACAAUGUCAUCUACUCGCCCACGCAGCGCGCGCAUCAUGGCGCGUAUGAGAGCAGCGGCGCACACUCGCCCAGCUAUGCGCCUGGCUAUGGCAGCCAUCAUUACGCCAGCGCGCAGUCGCUGCAUGCAGCCACCUCCACCUUCCACUCGCCGCCGCACAGCGCGCAUUCGCCCUUCGAUCGCCAGUCGAACGCUUCGAGCGGCGCCGGCUCCGCCUCCAAUCUGCAUCUGCUGCAGAGCAGCACGCAAAUGCUGAAUCAUCCGCUUAUGCAGCCGCUGACGCCGCUGCAGCGUUUGUCGCCGUUGCGCAUCUCGCCGCCCAGCAGCCUCAGCCCCGACGGCAACUCCUGCCCACGCAGCGGCAGCCCACUGAGUCCCAAUUCGUUGGCCUCGCGCGGCUACCGCUCGCUGCCGUAUCCGCUGAAGAAGAAGGACGGCAAGAUGCACUACGAGUGCAACGUCUGCUGCAAAACCUUCGGCCAGCUGAGCAAUCUCAAGGUGCAUCUGCGCACGCAUUCGGGCGAGCGUCCAUUCAAGUGCAAUGUCUGCACCAAGAGCUUCACCCAGCUGGCGCAUCUGCAGAAGCAUCAUCUGGUGCACACGGGCGAGAAGCCGCAUCAGUGCGACAUCUGCAAGAAGCGCUUCUCCAGCACCUCCAAUCUGAAGACGCAUCUGCGCCUGCACAGUGGGCAGAAGCCCUACGCCUGCGAUCUCUGUCCACAGAAGUUUACGCAGUUUGUGCAUUUGAAGCUGCACAAGCGACUGCAUACCAAUGAUCGUCCCUAUGUCUGCCAGGGCUGCGACAAGAAGUACAUUAGUGCAUCAGGGCUGCGCACGCAUUGGAAAACCACAAGCUGCAAGCCCAACAACCUGGAAGAGGAGCUAGCCAUGGCAGCAGCUGCAACAAGCGAAUGUUUGGACAAGGAUCUGCCUGAGCCGGACUCACGCGAGGCUUAUGAGCAACUGCAGCAGCAUAUGCACAGCAGCGUGCAUCCGAGCUUAAGGCAUUUGACUGGCGCGCAAUCGCCACCGCGACUCAUACCGCUGGGCAGCAAUGGGCAGCCAACGCAUCUGCAGCUGCAGCAGUUGCAACAUCAGAGCCACAUGUCGCAUGCAGCGCCGCCCAUGCUGCUUACCACAGCUCAGCAGCUGCCAGCGCCUGCGCCAGCCAGCAUGCCACAUCAGCAGCAACACCACCAGCACCACCAGCAGCAGCAGCAGCAACACGCACAUCAGCAGCAGCAGCAUCAACAGCAGCAGCAGCCACAAGUUGCGCCGCAUCAUUUGGCGCAGCAUUCGCCCAAGUCGCUCAAACCGCUGCCAGACAGCGGCUAUCUGCAUGGACCGCUAGUGCAGACGCAGGAGAAUCGCCCCUCGGUAAUUGAGUCCUCCAACCAGCCCAUGAUCAUUGAGUGCACGUAGAUCCACAAACUACAACAACAGAAAUUUCAAGUGCAAUACACAACAACAGCAACCACAGCAACAACAACAAUUAGAUUUUAAGCUAAGUAAGAACUGCAGCACAAAGCACAUAAAAUAACAUACAAUACAUACAUAACGGUAUUAUUAUACACAUAGUUUAAAUUGUACAUAAGGCAGGCGGGCCAAGCAACAACAACAAAAAGAAAUUCAACUCAAAAUUUGUAAACAAAAAUCAUUUUGCGCUAAGAUAACAAGAUCUCAACAAUUGGCAAGACCUUAACUCUCUCCCACUCCUGCAAAAUACAAAUUGCAUAUUAUUUUUGAUAAAUAUUUUUGAUAAAAGCAAACGAGCAUGAUCAAUUUAUUU